AGGACGAUCUGUGGACACUUUCUUCCUAAGAAACUCUCUGCCAUGAAGAUUCAUCUCUUUUUCUUUAUUCUGCUCCUUUGGGUCACAAUUUUACCAGCCAGAAAGAAAUAUCCCCAGUAUGGUAGCUUGGAUUUGAGGAGAGAGUGCAAAAAGGGUAAUGGUCGGUGUAAAAAUGAGUGCCACGAAAAUGAAAUUAGGAUUGCUUACUGCAUGAGACCUGCAACUCAUUGCUGCUUGCAGAAGUAAAGAUGACAGAAGAAAAGAAAGAGACACAUGGUCCAAGAAGAGAGCACUGGUGUUAUUAAGCCUUCCCAACAUAUCUUUCAAGGCCUGUGUAUCUCUGUAAUACACAAGGAAUUAAAUAAAAUUCAACAUUGAACCAUUCAGAAGUGGUUCUAUUUCACACAUGCAUCUGGUGCCUUUACGUUGCAUUUUCACUUAAUCUCUUGGUACCAGAGUAAGCAUAAUUUUUUUUUUUUAUGGACACUCCUCAACAACUAUUCAAAGUUCUAUGCAUCUUGUGUGAGUUGACAUAAAUACUGUGAGAAACCCUAGGUCAAAGAAAUGGGAGGAGCAUAUUUCUGAUAGAAGCUUCAGUAGAAAUGUGCUAU